AUGGUGAAGCAGAUUGAGAGGAGGUAUGCUUUUCAGAAAGCCUCAAACAGUGCAGGAGAUAAACUUGUAGUAGUUGACUUCUCAGAUACAUGGUGUGGACCUUGCAAAAUGAUCAAGCGUUUCUUUCAUUACCGUUAUGAGAAAUAUUCCAACAAUGUUGCUUCAGAGCAUGAAGCCAAAUGUAUGACAGCCUUCCAGUUUUUUAAAAAGGGACAAAAGGUGAGUGAAUUAUCUGGAGCUGAUAAGGAAAAACUUGAAGGCACCAUUAGUGAAUUAAUCUAA